AAAUUAUUGGUUGUGAUUUCAGAGUGUGUCAGACGAUAAUACAGAGCUCUGUGAAACCAGAAAGGCAUUGAUGACUGCUAACUACCUCUGUGCCCAAGGUGUGUGUGGGGAAUAUGGUGAUCUACUCUAUCAGUUCAAGCCCUGGAUCUGGUUUGCGGACGACGUUCCCACCCUGCAGGGCUUGUGUGUGUACGACAACGCGAAAUGUACGACGCGCAAAGAGGUAGAGGAGAAUCAGGAGGAGGAAUUGAAGGAGGAAGCAGAGCAGACGUCGGGAGGAGUGAGCAAUGACGUCGUGUGGGGGACGGAACCUCCUGAGGUCAUCACAGAGGGCGCAGAAAUCAAUGGCGGCGGCAAUCCAGAAGAAAUGAAGAACGAUGAAAGUGCGUACACCUUGUGGGUGACAGAAGAGAUUGACGUGUCCACUGUUCUGAUAGUGGCAGCUAUCUCCGUGGCUGCCCUCGGAUUUUUCUUCUUGGUGGGGCUGGUCUGGUGUCUGAAGAGAAGGCGGUCCCGCCACCGCGUGAGGGAGGGCGUCGAGUACAUGGAGAUACUACCGGACAUGGAUGACUGAUGAAUGAACUCAUCAGUCAAAUAUUAACACAAAAUACUACAUCACCGCAGAGCCACGAUGCAUUAGUGGGUGUAAAGCUCUUAGUUUUGGUGAAUCAGGUCUAUCAGGGCGUGCCAAGCAAGAGGAUCCAGGGCCCACCAAGACUUACCAUUAAACAUUUUAAAAUAAAGGCAUUUAUGGUUUGUUUUGAAUCCUAAAUGAGAUGUUUGGAAAAACGACACGGCCUUUAGUUGAAAUUAUGCGUUCAGCGAACCGCUUCUUUGCCGACAUAACUGUCUGUCCUGAUGUAACAAAGUAUCUGUGUCCAUAUGAUAAAAUACAUGAGGCCAUAUCCAACAUUAUUGUACAGGGUGAUUUAGCUAACGUUGUUGUUGUUGU